AUGGAGAGAAAGAUGACGCCCAGUGGGGAUGCAUCGGGUUUGAACACGCCCAAUAGGAGUUCGGCCUUUAGCCCCGUUACGACUACCUCUCCACCACUGAAAGCGCGAUUCGACGGUGCACACCUAUUCGCAGGCCACGCCGAUGCACAAAUACCCAAAGCUCCACCAUCCGUCAAUGAUGUCGUCGCGCUCGAAGACGAGCUCCGCGCUGCAACUGAAGCCCUCAGCAUUGCGAACCAGAAACAAGCUGAGAUGGCACGCGAAUCAUCUCACCUCUGUCUCGAGAAGGAACAGAUUGAGACGAAGAUGGGUAUGCAGCUUCAGACUGCUGAGGAAACUGUCGCUGCGCUAGAGCAAGAGUUUUCGCAUCUCGAGGAGCUGAAUGCGAAAUGUCAAGAAUUACUCGAGGAACGUGCGCAGUGGGAAAAGGACAGGACUCAGUUGACUGCAAGGGAAAAGGAGGUGGAGAGGUUGGAGAGGCGGUUGAAGGUCUUAGAGGAGCAGAGCGGCGAAGCAACUGAAAUGGAACGCGCACUCUCAGACAUGCAGGCAAAGUGCGAUGCGGAACUGCAGAAAAAGGAUGAGGAGGUCGCGGCGCUGAAGACAGAGCGGGAGGAUGCCAAAGAGGAAUGGGAGGCGGAGAAAGCUGUGAUGGAGGAAGAUAAACUUGCAGAGCUUGGUGCCCUCCAGGAUGAGCUCGAGGAUGCAAGAGAGGAAUGGGAGGCGGAGAGAACUGUGUUGGAGGAUAACAAAUUCACAGAGCGUGGUGCGUUACAGGAUGAGCUGGAUAAUGCGAGGGCUGGUGGUGAAGCACGAGCAGAGUUGGAUGAAGCUACCGAGGCACUUCGGACGGUCAUGCCACUGCAUGGUAUCCAGAUUUCCCCCGAUACGUCCUUGCAGGGUCUACUUGCCUCGGUCGCGUCGCAUCUUGAAACGUUAGCAGCUGCGCUGCAGGGGCAUAGUGAUAAGCAUGCACGCCUCGGAGAUGAGCUGCGAGUGCAUAUGGAACGAAACUCUCUCAAAGGAUCUGGACGCCGUUCGCCUGGAAAGGGACAACGCACAACUUGAAGUCCAAUCCCUUGAGUCACGAGUCAAGGAACUCAUCGAUGCCUCGUCAACACCUUCCGAACCUCCAGUCGAAUACACAGGCGAAGCAGCGGACAUCAUCGACAUUCUCCAACCCAUCUGGAACAUCCUCCCCGCGCCCGAACUUCGCGCCUCGAAACUCAACAGCAAAUGACACCUCCGAAACCUUUCCAUGGAUCCUCAGACAAUCUCUACCAGUUACGGUGAUCAUGAACAAACUGUCCCGUACACCUAUGCGAUCCGUGUUUGCGCUGGUAUGGCGUCGUCUCUCGGUGCUCGCGGUGU